AUGGAUCUGCUGGUUGGACUUCAAAUUUACAAGUUUUUUUCUAAUCAGCGGCCUGACCUAAAAGACAUGAUGCGGGAUGCAGGCGAAGUUACUUAUGCUGAUGCCCACAAAAGAGUUCGAAAUGAGGCGCUAGUUUGUUUUGCUACACAUGAUGAUUUGCGCCGAGCAAUGGACAGAUUUCAAGGUUAUUGUUUCAAGGUCUAA